AUGCAAUACGCUGCUAUUUCCCUACCAAUUUUGGCUUUGGCCUCCAAAGCGCUGGCCGGCGACCACCACCAACCAUCUUCCUCUGAGAUGAAGAGUGUUAGUACAACUCCAUGCCCACCAUCGACCACACACUCUUCCUCGAUGCCUCACUCUUCAUCUGAGCACCAUUCGUCCUCGAUGCCUCACUCUUCCUCUGAGCACCAUUCGUCCUCUGAGCACCAUUCGUCCUCGAUGCCUCACUCUUCCUCUGAGCACCACUCAUCCUCGAUGUCUCACUCUUCCUCUGAGCACCAUUCAUCCUCGAUGCCUCACUCUUCCUCUGAGCACCAUUCAUCCUCGAUGCCUCACUCUUCCUCUGAGCACCACUCAUCCUCGAUGUCUCACUCUUCCUCGUCCAAGAUGCGUCAACCAUCCACUCACAUCACCACAGUCACCACCGGCACUACUCACGUCACGGUGUCAACCAUCACCAGUUGUGAGCACGAAAAGUGUGAAACAGUUGUUACCACUAUGCCAGAGCCUCCUUGCCCAUCAACCGAAACUUCGAUCCCACCACAACCUCACAUGAACACCACCACCGUUCCAUGUCCACCACCAACCAUGUCCGUGGUGGUCCCUCCAAGCACCACUCACCAAAUCUCCACUUUUGAAGGUGGUUCCGGGAAGAUUGCUGCUAACGGGUUUGCCAUUGUUGCUGCCGCCGCCCUAUUGCUAUAG